AUGUUCUCACCACGUACAUUACCGCGGGGGUUUUUCCGUACCGGAUUCUCACUACAGUGUUCAACCCACCAAACCCGUCUCUUCUCGGCUCUCGCCGCUUCGCCGUCCUCAAAAACCCAGGUCUAUAUCUCAACCUCGCGCUCCCCUUACACGAAUCUCUCCAUUGAACACCACCUCCUGCAGACGACGCCCUCCAACUCGACCGUUCUGUUCCUCUACACUAACCGCCCCAGCAUUGUCAUUGGCCGCAACCAGAACCCGUGGCUCGAGGUCAACCUCCCCUUACUCCAGUCUCUUGGCCCCGACAGCAACAGCAAGGAUGUCGUCGACCUCGUUCGCCGCCGCAGCGGCGGCGGCACCGUGUUCCACGAUGAGGGAAACGUGAACUACUCCGUCAUCUGCCCGCCCGCAAACUUUGACCGCGACACGCACGCCGAGAUGGUCGUCCGCGCCCUGCGGUCCCUGGGCGUCGACAGCGUGGCCGUGAACUGCCGGCACGACAUCGUCAUGACCCUUCCGCCUCCCUCUGCCCCUGGAGCACUCGCGGAGAAGAAGCCCGCAGACGACGCCGCGCCCUUAACCUCUCCGGCGGCGUCGUGCGCCAAGCCCAAGGUGAACGCGGAGAACACCUUCAAGAUCUCUGGCUCGGCGUACAAGCUCACGCGCCUGCGCUCGCUCCACCACGGGACCUGUCUACUGUCGUCCCCGAACUUGCCGCGCAUCGGCAGCUUCCUGCGGUCGCCCGCCGAGCCCUUCAUCAAGGGCUGCGGCGUCGAGAGUGUGCGUUCGCGGAUCCGCAACGUCGGCGUGGCCGACACCAAGACGUUCGAGGACGCCGUCGUGAAGGAGUUUGGAAAGAUGUACGGCGAUUUCGAUGUGCGGGCCGAGCUCGGGGACGGGGAUGCUCAAGGAGAAGAGAAGAUUCGGAAGGGAAUGACGGAGCUGGAGUCUCACGACUGGACAUUCGGCCAAACCCCCCUCUUCACUUUCUCGACCCACCCUUCAGAAGACGACGCACGAGAACGCCCAAAGCUUCCGGGUCAUUACUAUUGUCACCCUCGACAAGGCAUGCUCUGCCAGCUGACCAACAUGUUCCAGUUCAACCUCGCAUUCGAAGCCCGCCAUGGUCUCGUACAGAAGUUCUCCCUGUCCGACCUGUCAUCCGGCGAGGACGCGAGCAGUCUCUCAGAGUCUAUGGUGAAUGCCCGAAUCUGGGAGAUAGGCGACUGGGCGCAGCGUCUUCGCGCAGGUGGGCUGAACGGAAAGGACGCUUCGUCCAUCGGUAAAUGGCUGAACUCUCUUUUGAGGACAAAGGAAUCGAGUGAUUAG